AUGGAUCAGCCCACAAGCACACAGACCCAACACCAACAUGAACCCAUCAGCUUUGGGAUUGACCAGAUCCUGAACAAUUCGGAGCAGGAAAACUCUGCCCAAGUGGCCCCCCGACCCUCCGACAACGCCAACUACCUGAGCAGUCCGAUCAGCCGUUCCAGCGCCCCGUACUCGUCCCUGCCAGCCUCCUUCCCUGGCAUCGGGGCCGCCUUUGAAGACUCGGGAUCUUACAGUGUCAACCUAAGUCUGGCUCCAGCUGGAGUCAUCAGAGUGCCAGCUCAUCGACCUAUCCCUGGUGCCGUCCCACCUCCCAUCUCCAGUGCCAUCCCAGCCAUGCCAGCUGUGCCCGGCCUUGGCAGCCUUAACUUCCCCUGGAUGGAGAGCAGCAGAAGAUUUGUGAAAGAAAGAUUCUCAGGACACCCUUACCAGAAUCGGACGCCUCCCAAGCGUAAAAAAACCGCGAACGUCUUUCUCCAGAGUCCAAAUCUGCGAAUUGGAGAAGCGAUUUCAUCGCCAAAAAUACCUCGCUUCUGCAGAGAGAGCCGCCCUCGCCAAAUCCUUGAAAAUGACCGACGCACAAGUCAAGACAUGGUUUCAAAACAGGAGGACAAAAUGGAGGAGACAGACAGCCGAAGAGAGGGAAGCGGAGAGACAACAGGCGAACAGACUGAUGCUGCAGCUGCAGCACGAUGCGUUCCAGAAGUCGCUCAGCGACUCCAUCCAGCCGGACCCGUUGUGUUUGCACAAUUCUUCUUUAUUUGCACUUCAGAAUCUGCAGCCCUGGGAGGAGGAAGCCAGCAAGAUGACUCCUGUCACCUCCCUAGUGUGAGGAAAAGAACCUGA